CUCUGGUCUCCAACUGUCCAUUAACUGUAUUAGCCCGUGUUUGUCUUUUCUCAAAAGGAAACUUGGGUAUUCUGCCAAGAAAUCUUCUGCAAUCACGAAAAUGGCAGAAGGUAAAUCAUCACAAGAAGCACCUUCUCCUCCUGCUGAUGCUCAGCUCUUUGGUCUCCUGUCCAGUCUCCUCCAACAGGUUGAAUCAUUAACCAAUCAAGAGGAAGUAGAAUUACGUGCCAAGAUUGAAGCCUUGGGAUCGGAGGUUACUAAAGUCCCUUCAAAAUCUGCGCAAGAUCUUGAUGAGAUUGAAAUAGCAAAGGAGCUGGAUAAACUGUCCUCAAAACUGGAUGAUGUUGACAAAAUGAUAUCCUCAGAUCCAGAGGUGCGAUCUCUCCUGAGUAGUACAGCUGAUGUGUGGAUGCCAGUCAUCACAGCAAAUUCCAAUGAAAGACGUAAUUUUACAGCUACUUUUGCAGAUGAUAAUCAUGAAGUGCAAGGAAAAGAUUCCAAAUAGAUUUGUAAUUUAGAUUGUUGUUUUAAUAUUUUGGUAGAAAAUUGUACAACUCUUUGAGAAAUUUUAAUUUUAUUAAUUACCUUGUUAAUAAGAAUAGAUAGUAAACAUCCCCCAUCCCACGAAGGGUUGUGACAUGGUGCAUUUCAAUUUUCAGCAACGGGUAUUACAUGGUUCUUAUUCU